AUUAAUUAAUUUCAGUAGUAGUAUUUUACCUAAAAAGUAAAUAUCACUUAUUGUAAAUAUAACGCCGUCCGGGAUACACAAAAUCUGAUGACGUAUUACACAUGCCGGUGCAUCUGGACACGAAAAAAAUUGAAUCAGCUUCAGCAGAAUGGGUCGUAAGAAUAGGAACAAGAAGGCAGCUCCUAGCAAUGGAGCAUCAGGUUCAGCAGAGGCAAGCAAACAGUUGAGCAAGGCAGCUAAGAAAGAAAUAAUGGACUUGAUCAAACUUCUCCUGGAGAAAUGUUCUCAGCCAGGAGGGAGUGGUGCUAAGGAAUUUGAGGAUUAUCUUGAGAUUAGAGGCACUGUGGAGAAGAUCAGAGAUUUACAAAAAGAUAUCAACCUUGUGAUGGAGAAGAGAGAGGACAAGUUUCCAGUGUUUAAAGACUGGUUGAAGAAUAAUAAAGUUGACGUUGGAUGUGUGGAAAUUCACAAAUUUACUGGUCUGGGACAUGGACUUCAGGCUACCAAAGACCUCAAGGAAGGGGACCAGUUCUUAGCUAUUCCUAGAAAUAUAAUGAUGACAACACAGUCAGCAAGAAGUUCUGCAUUAGGUCCAUUGAUAAGUGAGGACAAGAUACUACAGGUGAUGCCGAGUGUUGUGUUAGCGUUACAUCUCCUGUGUGAGAGACGAUCGCCAGAAUCAAACUGGGGACCUUACCUCAAUAUCCUACCUGAAUCCUACAACACACCACUGUACUUCACACCAGAAGAUCUCAAAUACUUGAAAGGAUCACCAGCACAGAGUGACUGUAUAAACCAGUAUAGGAACAUUGUCAGACAGUAUGCUUACUUCUACAAACUCUUUCAAAAUGAUGCCUCAUCACAGAAUCUUCCAAUCAAAGACUUGUUCACCUUUGAUGAUUACAGAUGGGCAGUGUCAACAGUGAUGACCAGACAAAACCAGAUACCGACACCAGAUGGCAGUAAGAUGACCUUUGCUCUGAUACCAUUAUGGGACAUGUGUAACCAUUGUAAUGGUCUUAUAACAACAGAUUUUAACCUAGAGAAAGACUGUAGUGAAUGCUAUUCAUUAAGAAGUUAUUCUAAAGGAGAUCAGAUAUUUAUUUUCUAUGGAGCAAGAUCUAAUGCAGAAUUAUUGGUGAAUAAUGGAUUUGUGUAUUUAGAAAAUGAACAUGACAGAAUGGCUAUAAAGCUAGGAAUAAGUAAAAGUGAUCCAUUGUUUAGUCUCAAGUCGGAGGUUUUGACUAGAUGUGGUCUCCUUCCAUCAAGAACGUUCUACCUCCACAAAGGAGAGCUUCCAGUUGAUAGUGACCUGUUAGUAUUUUUGAGAAUAUUUCAGAUGGAUGAAGAGACAUUAAGAGGGAAGUUUUCUGAAGCCAAUGCUGCCGAGUUAAGGGAAGAGCUGGGGGAUCUAGAGAAAGUGGUUUCUGUAGAUGUUGAAAUGAAGGUGUGGAAUUACCUUGAGACCAGGUCUACUCUCCUCAUGAAGGCUUAUGAUUGUACUGUAGAGGAAGAUGAUGAGGUCAUGCAGAAAGAAAAACUGUCCGAGGCAGCGUUAUUAUGUGUUCAGUUACGGAGAUGUGAAAAAAUAAUCCUUAAGUCAGCGGCAGCAUAUGCUGCACAGAGAAAACAGAAAUUACAACCAUCACAGGAAACAACAUAGCUUGGAGUACAGAUAUAUAACUGACAAUGAGCAUUUACUAUAGAGCUUUUAUGAGAGGAGUGCAAUAUGAGGACAGUGCUUAUUUUGCUACAUGAGAUGGCAAAAUCCAACGGCAUUAUCACCUUUCAAGCAUGUGUAAAGUGUUCUGGAAUUUACUAACAGUUUACAAUUUGGGAUGCUUUAGUUUUGAAAGGGAUAGUAAAGUGUUUUUGAAAUAGGAAUAUGAUGUCUUUCCAACCAUUUCUGCAUUUAAAGAUGUGAUAUAGACUGAUUAUUUGAAUCACAACAGCAGUUGAUUUUUUUGUCUCCUUAAAUAUAAUUGUAUUUUCUGACUUAAGAGUUUCUUGAAUGAUAUCUGUGUUUUAUUGCAUGUUAUCAGUAUCCAGUUGAUAAAACAGGAAUACAAUGUCUUGCAUGUUUGUUAUUGGGAAAUACUGUAGAUCUUGUGUUUUCAUGUCACUAUUAUAUUGUGUUUUACUGGUCAUCAUCCUUUUCCCAUUUGUUAAAAAUAUACAACUUGUAGCUGGU